AUGCCUCAAUUCAAAGUCGCAGUUUACCUCUACCCGAAAGCCGAUCUCCUGGACUUUUCCGGUCCGGUAGAAAUCUACUCUUAUUACCCAUACGAAGGAAGCACUGAACAACCAUUCUCGGUGACAUCAUUUGCUCAUCAUAAUCCGGUCACGUCUGGCUCCAGCGCGCUGGUAUACGUCCCCAACGCCACGUUCGCCGACGUCUCAGAGCGUAUCGAGGACUUUGAUAUCCUUGUCAUCCCAGGUGCACACUUCGACACCAUAGCGGACUUGAUCAACGCCGAAGAGGGCAAAGAACUGUGCCAGCUGAUCCAAAAGUUCACGCAAUCGAAGCCCAGAUCUGAAACUGGAAAGAGAAUACUCCAGUCGGUCUGCACCGGCAGUGUUCUGAUCGCAGCUUCUGGAGUGCUAGCUGGUCGCACGAUUACGACGCACCACAUGGGUCUUGACAUGCUCAAGAGAGUGGCUGAUGAUGCCGCGGGUGGAGAUUCAAAGGUCAAUGUCGUGAGGCAGAGGUGGGUGGAUGCAGGCACAACGGAAGCCGGCGUGCGCAUUGUGAACGCAGGGGGUGUUAGUUCAGGGAUUGAUGCGACUAUUUGGAUUGUGGAGCAGCUUCAUGGUAAAGCGGCAGCUGAUCAGGUGGCAGAUAUUGCAGAGUUCGAGAGAAGGGAUGCUGCAUGGGGUGUGAGCACAUAAUUUCCAGAUGAUGCAAUGUAGGAGGAUGCUAGUGCUAGACUAUCAGCAGUUUAUUUCUAAAAAGCUACCAAUAUCCU